ACCACUAGAUGGUCUUGGGUCGUGAACUUGACUUUCUCAAGUAACUGUUUGCAAUAUCUCCCACGACGUUACAGUGAAUAGUUGGUCAUUUGUGGUAUGUUGUAACUUAUAUCAUAACAUUUUAUAAACCUUAAACAACUUCAAAGUAACUAAUGUUUUGAUACCUAAAUAUAUUCUCUUAUUAGCAGUAUUUGGCUGAAAUUGACAGAUUUUUGCAGCUUUACAACUGGCUAAAUACUCAGUAUUUUAUACUCUUAGUAUAAGGUCAACACACUUUCUGUCUGGCUUCAGUAUUUUGCAUUUGCAGAACCCUCAUCUUUACAGAUAAAUAUUUUGUAGUAAUUAUGUAAAGGUGGGUGUGGCUUUUUGCUGUGACACAUGUGAGUAGUCUUCCUGUUAUGGUUUGAGGUGGAGAAGUUCCUGUAGCUAGUCACCAAUUUCCCCUCAUCUGGCUGAGACCCCCCCCCCCCAGUCAAGUGAGUCACACUCAACAAUUCUAGUUUAAUACAGACACUUAUGUCUGAGGCUCACUGCAUGCUGCUCAGUGUGUGAUAGCAUCAUCAUAUAAGAACAAGGGAAGUCAUGACUCUUCAUCUGACAGGUGUUUGGCUGCUGCUCAUCACACAUACAGUGUUGGUGUUCUGUGAUAUGGAAUUCUUGGAGAGAACGCAGGGUGACUCUGUAGAGUUCUACUGUAUCUCUGAGUUCAAUGCCUCCAGGCCCAUUGGGCUCUACCUGAAACGCAAGUGGCUGCAGCCCAACCAAGAGGUCCUGUUCAUGUAUACUGAACAAAAGCCUUCGUUUUACGAUGACGUCAAAGAGCGCAUCCAUGUCACGGGAGACCCGAGUACUCACCGGGUCAACGUGACCAUCAACCAGCUGAACGGAACAGACACAGACCUCUACUACUGCGAGUUUGUCUUCCCCGAUGCCUCCAGCGUCGAUCAAAAGAUUCCAAGCAAUAUGGAGUUCUUUCUGUACGUCGACAAUGUUGGUGUUAGGUGUAGCUGUACUGGUUACACUCCACUGCUCUAUGCCCUUUCUGCUGUUGUGGGGCUGUUACUCAUCUUCCUUAUGGCCCUGGGAGUGGCUCAUUAUGGUAAGACCCGAGGAGACUGUGUCAAACCGCAGCCCCACCAGGCUUCCACCUACGAGGAGAUGGUUGGGGUGCGGCCCCCCAACCGGAAUGGAAAAGUGUCUCCCUCUUACCACCCGAGGCCCCCCCUGCAUCUGGAGGAAAUGGAUGCUUCUGCCUAUGAAAACCCCCCUCUCAGUUCUCGACAGGAAAACCACUACGAGAGGCCCGAAGAGUCACCGCUAGUAUCUGAAACUGCUGGGGAGAUGUGAGGAACAAGUCCACAGGGAACUGUCGUUCUUGCCAAUCAUGGAGAUUGAUCCUGUGCUGGAAACAGACAAGAAUCAUGGCCAUCCCAUUAUCAGGACUUACAAAAUACAAAUUUAUACCUGGUGCUAACAUCCCGUCCUUUGUCUACGUUCUGAGACAGAUGUAGACUAUUAAAUGCAUUGUGAUCAGAUCUUCCUGACCUCAGAAUAUAGUCAGGUAAAUUGUCUUGAUAUCAAGUGUAGACUGAUAUAACCAUUAUGGCGUCAAGAUGUCUCAAUAUUUUGAAUACCGGAUGGGACCAGGAAACCUGGUCUUAAUGCAGACUGUGGAAUGGCUAAUAUGUGGACAAUCUCCAGGACAAAGGACACAUGCUCGCAUCAGGUAUAAAAGGGGCUAGAGAGCGCCUUUCCACAUUGACCAUGCUACAUAUCAGAAAUGAUCUGCAUUAACCAGAGUCAGUGGGAUGGUCCCAUGGUGUGCUGAACCACAGCAUGGCUUCAAAAUCUAAUUGUAUUUGUCACAUGUGCUGAAUACAACAGGUGUAGACCUGACAGUGAAAUGCUUACUUACAAGCCCUUAAAAGUUAAGCAUAUAGAAAAAUGAAGAGCAACAAAAUAAGUGAGGCUAUACACAGGGGGUACCGGGUUAAUGUGCGGGGGUACAGGUAAUAUGUAAGCGACUAUGCAGUUCAAUUGGAUGUAAAAGCUGUAAUGUCCUUUUGUGAUUUGCAAAUUCCGAGAACUCACUGACCUGAAAAAGUACAAUAGAGAUUUACCUCAACAGCUUACUGUAAAAAAUAAAUGUAUAACAAGGGGUGCCUCCAGUGUAAAGUGGA